AUGGGCCUCGAAUUCUACGCCGUAAACGCGUUCGCCAACUCGCCGCACUCGGGCUCGCAGGCCGCCGUGGUCGUUGUGCCCCACGACGACGCGCGCUGGACGGACGAGACCUACCUCCAAGCUGUCGCUGGCGACUUUGCGUGGCCCGCGACGGUCUUCGUAUCCCCUAUGAAGAACGAGGGCGAAAGCUCGAGCGGGGGUAAGCCCAAAACGCCGAAAUACGCCAUCCGAUGGUUCACCAAAGCGGGGGAACUGCCGCUGUGCGGACACGGGACGUGUGCGGCCGCACACGUGCUUUUGCCGCUGCAUGGAGCUGAGCGGAUCGCGUUCGAGCAUGCGGGGAGCGGGGAGAUUGUGGCUACCAAGGAGGAGGGCGGGCGGAUCGGGAUCUCGAUGCCGAUCACGCCGGCGACAGUGUCCCCGGACGAAAGGCAGGAUCUGCGCAAGGACCUCACGGUGGCGACGGGGCUCGAGGCGUCGGAUGUGGGCGCCCACUACACGGUCACAAUCCUGACACAAGCUGUGCGCGUCAAAGAGGGCAUGGUGGAGAUCCGGAGCCGGGUCUUUAUCCCGUCGAUGGGUCUGGACGAAGACACGAUUACGGGGUCAGCCCACGCCGUGCUGACGGGGUACUACCUGUCGGCGAAUGGCGGGGGCCGGUCGACGAUCGAGCGGCUGGUGCGUGAUCCCGACGACGAGCGGCCGGCGAGCGUCAAGCCCAGCACGGUGGUGCUGGACGCAGUGCAGCUCAGCGCGCGGGGUGGGAGCAUGCGUUGUUCGCUGGUGGAUGGGCGCGCGCAGCUGGUUGGGAGGGCGUAUCUGAUGGGAAAGGGGACGCUUAAUGAUGACUUUGGGUGUUGA